CAUCCAAUUCCACUUAUGUCAAUACUCCUAUAGCAAUUGGUAGAUAUGCUUCCGUUUCUUCCUUCCUUUGCUCAUCCAUCGCUAAUUGCUUCAUGAUUUCAACUCUCAACCAUUUCUAGGUUUGAAUCCUCUGCUUCUGCUUAUGCUUCUGAGCCAAUUGGGGAAUUCUUUGAUCUUCUUGGUUUUUUGUUGUUCCCGCUUGAUUCUUGAGCUUUUGUUUGGUUUCUUCGACUUGGAGGAACAUAUUUUACGAUCCUCUUGAGUUUGCCUGCUGUUUAAUUGAUGGGUACUGCUUCGACUGGGUACCCAUUCGGAAUCGCUGUCCAUUUAAAUGGAAAUUCUGCCGUCUUGCCUCAUAAAUUGGAAUUCUCGCGCUCUAGUUUUCCUCUACACGCUGAAUUUUCGAGAAUCAAUCCGCUCUUGGGCUCUGUUUUUGGUGUUUCUACCGAGUCACCAGUUCAUAAGAUACGUUGUUUACCGGACAUUGAUAACAUCUUCUGGGAUAAAGAUCCAACGCCCUUACUUGAUGUGAUUGAGAAUCCUAUCCAUUUGAAAAACUUGUCUCCCAAGGAAUUGAAACAAUUAGCCGACGAAAUUCGUUCGGAGUUGUCUUCCUAUCUUUCUAACAUACGAAAAUCUUACAAGGCCAGUUUGGCAGUGGUGGAGCUGACUGUUGCCUUACACCAUGUCUUCCAUGCUCCAGUGGACAAGAUACUGUGGGAUGCAGGAGAAGAGGCCUAUGCGCACAAGAUUCUUACCGGUAGACGACCUCUCAUGAGUACAUUGCGUAAAAAGAAUGGUCUUUCUGGGUCAACAUCUCGGUCUGAAAGUGAAUUUGAUCCAUUUGGUGCUGCACAUGGCUGCAACAGUGUAUCUGCUGGACUUGGCAUGGCAGUAGCGCGGGAUAUAAAAGGUAAGCGUGAAAGAAUAGUGACAGUAAUUAACAACGGGUCAACUAUGGCGGGGCAAAUAUAUGAAGCAAUGAGUAAUGUGGGAUAUUUGGACUCGAAUAUGAUAGUGAUCUUAAAUGACAGUCGCCAUUCUUUACACCCAAAACUUGAUGAGGGCUCUAAGACAUCUGUCAGUGCCUUGUCUAGCACCCUCAGCAGGCUGCAGUCCAGCAAAUCCUUUCGCAAGUUUCGUGAAGCUGCUAAGGGUGUAACUAAAAGAAUUGGUAAAGGAAUGCAUGAAUUGGCUGCCAAGGUUGACCAAUAUGCUCGGGGUAUGAUGGGUCCCUCGGGAUCAACCCUUUUCGAAGAACUUGGACUCUAUUAUAUUGGCCCCGUGGAUGGCCACAAUUUGGAGGAUCUCAUUUGUGUUUUACAAGAAGUUGCAUCGCUCGAUUCGAUGGGUCCAGUUUUGGUUCAUGUCAUAACUGAAGAAAAUUAUGCAGUAGGUCAUCAGAGGAGUGCAGAAAACCAUCUGGAAGGUUUAUAUAACAUAGACCCAUUGAUGUACGGAAUUGGUUCUCAAACAUACAGUGAUGUCUUUGUGGAGGCACUAAUCAUGGAGGCGGAGAAGGACAAAAACAUCGUGACAGUUCAUGCUGGGAUGCAGAUGGAGCCUUCAAUUCAACUAUUCCGGGAAAGAUUUCCUGAUAAAUUCUUUGAUGUGGGCAUGGCUGAGCAACAUGCUGUUACAUUUUCUGCUGGUUUGUCAUGUGGUGGGUUGAAGCCCUUUUGUGUAAUUCCUUCGGCUUUCUUACAGAGGGCAUACGAUCAGGUGGUACACGAUGUUGAUCGGCAGAGAAUUCCCGUGCGUUUUGUAAUUACCAGUGCUGGAUUGGUAGGAUCCGAUGGUCCUAUGCAAUGUGGUGCGUUCGAUAUAACAUUUAUGUCAUGCUUGCCAAACAUGAUUGUCAUGGCACCAUCAGAUGAGAAUGAGCUAGUGAACAUGGUGGCCACUGCAGCGCACAUCGACGAUCAACCUGUUUGCUUUCGCUAUCCAAGAGGCUCCAUUGUCACGGCUGACAACCUUGUCCUUGAAGGGGUUCCCAUUGAAAUUGGAAAAGGGAGGAUUCUUGCUGAGGGUAAGGAUGUUGCUUUGCUUGGGUAUGGAGCAAUGGUUCAGAACUGCCUUAACGCGCGAGCCCUUCUCUCGAAGUUCGGUGUCGAGGUUACAGUGGCUGAUGCGAGGUUCUGCAAGCCACUCGACAUAGCGCUUCUUCGGCAACUUUGUGAUAACCAUGCAUUUCUAAUCACAGUCGAGGAAGGUUCGAUUGGAGGCUUUGGAUCUCAUGUUGCACAAUUCCUCACUCUUGAUGGACGACUGGAUGGAAGAACCAAGUGGCGACCGAUAGUUCUACCAGAUAGUUACAUAGAGCAGGCAUCACCACAAGAACAGCUCUCCCUAGCUGGGUUAACCGGAAAUCACAUAGCUGCAACGGCGUUAAGCCUGCUCGGUCGCCCCCGUGAAGCGCUACUAAUGAUGUGUUAGAUCUUGUAUCUCGUAGUCUCUGCUGCAGGUGAAGUAUUCCAACACUUGAGAUUCACCUAAGGGAGAUGUAAAACAUCAGUAUCCAUUUUUUGUCUCAAUUUGUUGUACAUUCUUCUUCGGCUUGUGUAUGUGCCAUUUUUAAUGGUUUUGCUUCCCCCUUUUUGUACACAGUUCUUACAACUCUUAUCUCUUCCCACAGGAAAAGAAAGCUCUACCAUUCUUUAUCCCA